AUGCGUGCUCCUAUAUUGAAACAAGCCAGUCAUCUGGUAAACAGGGUGCGUUUCUCCUUGGUUCCCUACAAAUACAGGCUACAGGAUACCUUCUUACUCCCACCUCAGGCGUCUUUUGCCCUCGACUCAUGCAGCACACCCAACUGCAAGUUGUACCACCGCCCGCGGUCAGUAAGCACUCGGCAGGAUGAGGCUCUACAAGUUGCCCUCUCUGCGGUCAGACACUCAUCGAGUUCUAAGGCGAGGGAGAAGAAGCGGGCGGAAGAUAGAGACUUCAUAGUUUCUGUGCUAGAAGCUUCGGCUACUCGCCGGGAUGCGAAGGGCUACUUGCAAAAAUAUGCCCCGCAAUCGGGCGACGGCGUGUCCAAGAAGCGCAAGCCCUCUAAGCUUCAAGAAACAUCAGACCAGACGUAUUCCUCUAUUCGGGUUGUCAAUCAGUCACCCAAGUUCAUCCAGGGUAAUCAGCAUGAGUUGGCAGUACCUCUAGAAGAGCCCGUCAACCUUGCCAUCGUCAAAAUGGCCCUUCCGCAAAAUUUGGAUGACAAAACCCUAGGCGCCAUUGCCAAGACGUUUUCUCAGCUUCGUAAGCUCGGCCUUGUGAGCCUGAUCGUCCUUGAUGGCGGUGUCGAGUCGUCUCGAAAAAUACUGCGGGAGCAGUCUUGGAGAAUUCAACAGGCCAUUGAGAACUUCGGAGAACCGGGUUCCAUCCUACUAGACCAAUGCGUCGCUGAGACGGAGCCACAUAUGGCCAAAGGCCAGGGUUUCAUGCCUUCUGGCGUUUAUAUCCAAUAUCCACACUUGGUACUUCGAGCAUUACAGGAUAAUGCCAUCGUAGUCAUACCUCCCGUCACGAUGGCACCUGAUAUGAAAUGUGUCAAGGUGGUAGAUGCUGAUGAGACUAUUGUCGCCCUGACUAAAUACUUUUCCGGACUUCAGUUCAACGCAGCUGAAAAUUCCGUGGCAUCACCCAAAGCUACUUGCAGCGCAGGCAUGAAAGUAGCUUCAGUCGAAAAAGUCAUCAUCUUAGAUCCUGUUGGGGGCACACCACUAGCUGACGAACAUGAUUCUUGUCACCGAUAUAUCAACCUGGAACAAGAGUUUGAGGGCAUCAUGUACGCACUCACGCAUCCGUCGGGGUUGGAGGCAAGACGAGGGAAACUACCAGAGAAUGUGCGACAGUUACAUGCCCGUAAUCUUCGACUUGCGAAGAACGUGCUUUCAAUGUUGCCCUCAACAUCGUCGGCCAUUAUAAGUACUCCUUCGGCUGCAGCCAAUAAGCCCAUUCAAGAGUUUACCCGGGUUACGACACGCAACAGGCAGAAUCCGUUGAUCCACAACCUCUUGACAGACAAGCCCGUCUUCUCAUCAUCAUUGCCGAUUGAGAGAGUACGUUCAGGAAAUAAAGGGGACAGAGUAUCGGGUGAGACGCACAUGGCAACUUUGAUCAAACGGGGAAUGCCCCUUACAGUGUAUCCUGACCCUACAAUCAGCGCAUGGCUUCCACCCCGGCCUGGAGCGCCUCGCUUGAGGCUCACUGAUACCUGCAUAGACCUUCCACGACUCGUUCAUCUUAUCAACGAUUCGUUCAACAGGGAAUUGGACGUUCAGCAUUAUCUUGACCGUGUGAAUGAGAACUUGGCCGGCAUCAUCAUUGCUGGAGAGUACGAAGGUGGUGCGAUAUUGACGUGGGAGAAGCCGUUUGGCCUCGAUGAUGAAACAGCCUACAAAACAGGACGGCUUGUACCAUAUCUGGAUAAAUUCGCGGUUCUCAAAAGUCGUCAGGGGAGCGGUGGUGUCGCUGAUGUAGUGUUUAACGCCAUGGUCCGAGGGUGUUUCCCGGAGGGGCUAUGCUGGCGAAGUCGACAAGACAACCCAGUGAACAAGUGGUAUUUUGAAAGAUCACUGGGAACAUGGCAGCUCAAGGACACCAACUGGACAAUGUUCUGGACAACACCACACCUGCCACUGAGCGAUCCGAAACUAUUGGACUAUGAGAAUACUCAACUCCCUCCCGAUUACAUCGAUCUCGAAAAGCGAGUCGAUGCCCUCAAGCAGGUUCAUCAGAAAAUGCUAGCCGUCACCUCUCAAUAUUCGAACGAGGCCUACGACUACCCACCUAACAUCAAGGAGACGUUCCAAGACCUCGGCCGGACUGUCAGUGAGAAGGUCACUCUUCUUUCCGCUGCAGGCUCUCCCGCCGAAGCCCAGGCGGCCCUUACUGCCCCUCCUACCGCGAAGCCUCAGCCCAAGACUUUCAACCAUGCCAUCGCCCGCGCUAGUUUGGCUAGCAGCCAGGUGCUUCACCAGCAGCACACCGGCGCUGGAGAAGAUCCCCUGGCCACAGCUCUUGAGAAGUAUGCUUUGGCUAUGGAGCGCGUUGGCGAGGCACGCAUGGCCCAAGAUGCCCAGAUUCAGAGCCGUUUCCUCGCUGGCUGGAACACCACCCUGAACACGAACCUGAUGUUCGCUACUCGGGCCCGCAAGAAUGUCGAGAAUUCGCGCUUAACUCUCGAUGCCGCCAAGGCUCGCGCUCAUGGCACUACGUGGAAACUUGGCCCCGGAUCUCAGCGCGCAGAUGAACCUCAGACUCAGGAGCUGAGCCCCGAGGCGCAGGAAGAGAUUGAGAAAGCCGAGGAUGAAUUCGUCACGCAGACCGAGGAGGCCGUUGGCGUUAUGAAGAACGUUCUCGACACUCCCGAACCCCUUCGCAACCUCGCCGAUCUGAUCGCCGCUCAAAUCGAGUAUCACAAGAGGGCUUAUGAGAUUCUGAGCGAGCUUGCUCCGAUUGUGGAUGGCCUGCAGGUUGAGCAGGAGGCCAGCUAUCGUAAGAGCCGCGAGAGCGCCUCCUAA